UGAAACCGGAAUGGUUUUUGAAAAAUGGCAUCAUCAUCAUCCAGCAGUGCCACCAAGUCGACUCUCUGCAAGAUAGGACUCUGCUCCAAGCACAAACCACUCAAGGUCAUGGUUCUCGGCCAAUCAGGAGUCGGCAAAACUGCUCUUGUGGUCAGAUUCAUUACUCGAAGAUUCAUUGGAGAAUAUGAUCCGACACUGGAGAAAUGCUACACAUUCCAUACGUUAAUUGAUAGUGAAAUGGUCUACUUUGAGAUACUUGAUACUGCCGGACAACUGAAUGAAAGCGAAUGUCUGACACUAGAAGCGAACAUUAGAUGGGCAGAGGCGUUUGUUCUGAUGUAUUCCGUCACAGACAAAUGCUCUUUUGACGAGUGUAAUCGGCUCAAAUUCCUCAUCAACUACAAUAAAAGGAAACGAAGACUUAAUAGCUCAAAGGAUACCUUAGCAGACGUCCCCGUAGUGUUGGUGGGUAACAAAUUGGACCAAUGGGGAGACAGAAUGGUGUCCUCGGAGGAUGGGCAGCGCAGGAGCAAAGAGAUUGGUUGCAUUUGCUUUCAUGAGAUCUCAGUCAGAGAAAGUAUUGAUCAGGUGUGGUCCGUGUUCAGAGACGUGUGGCAAUUCUGGAAGGUGCACCAGAAAUAUCCAAAACUGAAGCGAUCUUCAAGUGACAUCCACAGCCCUGAGACACCUCCCCCCUGUUCAAAUCCACCACCACUCGACAACCGAAAUCCCUUCUCAAACUUUCUAGGGAGAAGAUGGACCGAGGUGGAGCUGGAUGAGACAGGCCACAGAGGCGGCCACGACAGACCGCCGGCCAGUCGCCAGCAAAGUUUUGAGCUGCCGCCAUUCCGGGGUCGAGCCUCCACAGACGGCCACAUCUUCUCCAAGCCGAAGCACAAGCGCGGUUACCCGCCCCAGCCCACUGAUGCAUUCCAGCCAACCUCUGCCUCGCAGGCCGAACGGAGAAUGAGCAUUAGCAUGCGUGGAAACAAUGCUAGUUGCUAGUUAUUCGAUAGUUUUUCAUUGGUUUCCAAAGUCAGAGAAAUAUUACUUUUUACACGGCUCUCUCUCGAAGGCCGUGAAGUAACAACUGGGCCAUCCUCACCUUUAUCUCUUACAGCGCUCCUAUCACCUUAUGUAACAUUAACCCCUGAUAAUCCUAAACAUGAAUCUAUCACUGAAGAAAAUGAUUAUCUCAGGCAAAUAGUAGCUGAAUUGGAUUACCAUGAAAAAACUAUAAGGGAUAGAACAAUAAUUAGUAGUGAUGGAGUUCCACCUUUGAAUGAAUUCAGAGAGUGUGAAAAUCAGACUGAGUCUAUCAAUUGAACACCAAUAACCCCAUUUUUGAUAGAAUCAUGCAAAUUUAAAUAUAAAAUUUACAGUCCUAUUUUAU